ACGUUUCUGACGAAGUGUGUCAUGUGAGGAUCGUGCCCUCACUAGCUAGCGGUCCUGGUGGGAAAUUUAGAUCUGUGUGUGAUCUCUGCUGUACUACAGCAAGUAUUUUAAAUAUUUGUCCGACCAGGGUUUCGCGAUUUAAGAUGGGCAAGAAUAAGUACACAACACGACUGAAAAACUUUGCACGGAGGAACGAUUUGAAGCUGGAAUAUGAGAACGUUUUAGAGAGACAUGGCGAGAAAAGAGUCAUCAUGAGGGCUGUGAUCAAUGGGCAAAGGUUUCCUGAUGGUGAGGGGAAGAAUACUGAAAAAGCAAUGCAGAACGCAGCUCGAAAUGCAUUGGAAAGUUUGAAUGAGAAGGAAAAUCAAAUGCUGGAGAUGAAGAGAAAAGAUUCCAAUGCACAACAUUCUCACCUGAAAUGCAGAAAAACUCCAGUGUUUGAUGGUAUAUCUAAACACAAAACUAACGGGGGGUCGCGCUUCGAAGUGUUUCAAGAUGGAACCUCAGCCAUGCUGCCCACACCACAGACUGAACCGGAUCUCUGUGGCGCUUCAUCAGAACCUGUGGCGCAGACCUGUAAUUCGUCAAAAAACUCCAAGGUGUCGCGCUUCGAAGUGUUUCAAGAUGGAACCUCAGCCAUGCUGCCCACACCACAGACUGAACCGGAUCUCUGUGGCGCUUCAUCAGAACCUGUGGCGCAGACCUGUAAUUCGUCAAAAAACUCCAAGGAUAUGUUGUGUCCUGAAGAAAAGAGUUCAGGAAGCUCCCCCAGUGAUAUGUCAGCUGAUUCAGAAAUCUUCAGUCAUUCACAGUUUGACUACGUAGAGAAGCUGGGUAAAGGAGCUUUUGGUCGAGUACUCAAGGUAAAAGAUAAACUGGUGGAAAGGUAUUACGCAAUAAAGAUCAUCCGCUGGAAUGAAAAAGCUCUACGAGAAGCCAAGGCGUUGUCAGACCUCGACCACCCUAAUAUCGUUAGAUACUUCUCGUGUUGGAUGGGGGAUUCAGGAUACCAGUCGGACAGCACUGACAACAGCUCCUGCACUUCACAGUCUUCCACUGGUUCACCCAAGAAGUGCCUCUACAUUCAGAUGGAACUGUGUGACACCAAAACACUUCUAGACUGGAUAGAAGACUGGUAUACGAAGAAAUCAAACUCCAAGAGAAGAGAAGAAAGUCUGAACAUUGCUCAGCAGAUGGUCAGUGGUAUCAAGUACAUUCACUCCAAGAAGCUCAUCCACAGAGACCUGAAGCCUGCCAACAUCCUGUUUGGGCAAGAUGCAAAAGUAAAAAUCGGAGACUUUGGAUUGGUCACUGCUGAGAAUGACGACGAUGACAAGUCCCCGAUGAAAAGAACUGAAAGUAUCGGAACAAAAUCAUACAUGGCUCCUGAACAGAAGAGCAAGACGAAUGGCAGGACGAACUAUGGCAGGAAGGUUGACAUAUUUGCUUUGGGGCUGAUCUACUUUGAGCUUCUUUGGAAAUUCUCCACUCGUUAUGAAAAGUACAAGACAUGGGAUGACAUCAGAGAACAGGAGCUUCCCGAAGAAUUUGAAUCCAGUUUUACCUCAGAGUACAACAUCAUCAGACCAAUGCUGAGUAUGAAUCCCGAAGACCGACCUGAAGCGUCUGAGGUCAUAACAGACCUGGAAGAGUGCGCUAAACAGAUAAACGCUGAAGAAAUGGCGCGACGUGGAAGGACCACUGUCUAAAUAGCUGGAAUACAACAGAAGAAUUUCAUCUGCACGUGUGGGGGGGAAAAAGAUCCAUUGGUGCUCUUGAAAGACUUACAGAAUGAUGUCAAAUAUUUACAUGCAACUUACAAAUCAUAAAUGAUCGUUUUUAGAACAUACCACCAAACAUUGAAGCUUCAGAAACCUGUAGUUUUCAUUUUAAAAUUUAAAUGACCAAUUCUGCCCGUCCUUCCAGGGAAUGUGCAAGCCAUGCCAUUUGACACAUGAAUAGAUAUUUUAUUGAUCCCAUAUUGAAAUUACAGUUGCAGGAUAAAGAAUAAGCAUAAUAUAAUAUUUUAUAUUACUACCGGUCCAUACUGACUUUUCUUAAAAGUAAUGCAGUACGUUACUUAAUUACUCGCCAGAGAAAGUAAUUUGCUGCACUACUAGUUACAUUACUUUCGCGUUACACCAUAAACACACCAACACAAAUUUGUGCCCUAAUGAGGACACGUGUACAGUCUUAUAUUUUUUAAGUAUGAACAAAAAGCCAACAACACACGAUAAAAACACUCAAAAACAUUUCUACUGAUUCUACUGUAAAAUCAUGAACAGGUAGAAACUGAGCUUUCAUGACAAUUCGUGGUUUGAUGAGACUAACUGCUCAUCGCUGUCUGUUACCUCUUGAAGUUCAGGCUCUGACCUCUGAGUGGGGGUCGGCAAACUCCUCCAUUGCAGUCUGAGGUGUAGUGGGAUGUGAAGCUUGGAGAAAAAUCCUCAGUUUUUCUGACAAUCCUUUCUUUUUUCUAUCUUUCUUCUGUCUUAAAUUGCAAAUGACAUAAAUUAUUUUUUUAUCUUUUUAUCUUUUGUAUACUUUCUAUGUGCAUUUAUGUCUGUGCAUCACCUGAUGAUUGCACCGUUUCCCCUUUUGAUCAGGAGUAACGUUUUCUAAGUCAAAUAAAAAGAAUUUUUUUUGUU